AUGGAACCGAUUAAUAAUGAUGAUGUUAUCACCUUGACACAGAAAUACAAGAAACUGAAACCACCAGAAUUUGCAGGGGGAAUUGAACCAUUAAAAGCGGAAGCAUGGGUAUUAGAAACUAAAAAGAUUUUUGAAGUGUUUCCGUGUACAGAUGUCUAUAAAGUUCUGUUAGCAACAUUUACUCCAACAGAAGAAGCUCGAAGAUGGUGGAUGCUCGUACGAGGUGAGAAUAGGGACUUAACAUGGGAUCGAUUUAAAGAGACGUUUUAUGAAAAAUAUUUUCCACAAUGUAUGCGAGAUAGGAAGAUAUCUGAAUUUGAACAGUUGAAGCAAGGCACUAUGUCAAUAGCGGCAUAUGAAAGUAAAUUUACUGAAUUAGCCCAUUAUGCUCCCCAUAUGGUUGAUACAGAUUACAAGAAGGCAAGGAAAUUUGAGGGUGGCUUACAUGUUGAGAGCCUUGAUGGCUGA